CCGAGGUCUCUGGUCACGUGGUCGACCUCACGAGGCGCCUCGGAGAUCUGGAGACGACGGUAGCGGAGAGUCGCUCGCGGGAAAAGAAACGCCGCCACAGAGAGUCCAGAAGAUACGAGAUCGCUCACCUUAAAGAGGAGCUGCAGCAGCAGGUAACACAGAGCAGCACUCGGAGAGAAGAGAUCAUCCGUCUCAAACAGGAGCUCCAGCUGCUUCGUAGAGAUCUGGCUUCAGCAGGGGAGGGAAACAGCUGGAGAGACGAGCUGCUGGAGCUGGCUCGCUCCAAACAGGACCGCACCGUGUCGGAGCUGUGCUGCUUACAACAGGUGUGUGAGAAUCAGAGGAAUGAACUGCAGCUUCUGCAGCUGAACCUGUGAGACCCUGAGGGAGAAGAGCGGUCAGGCGACACCCGACAGGGUGAUGAUCCGCUGUCCAGCUGUUCUCUGCAGCAGCUGUUGGAUGAGUCCAGCCGGCUCGUGGGUUUAGAGCACAGCGGCUCUGUACUCUCUCACAGUGUUCCUACUAUGAGCUGUGGGGUCGCCGACCCCCCUUUACUCCCAGAAGUGCCAGACGUUUCUCCACCAUCACCAGCCAGCCAAGACCAGCGACACUCCACCCAAAGCCUGCCCUCUUCUAAAGUCAGCCACCUGGACAGCUUGACAUUUACUGAACUUCAGUAUUUAUUGAAGGGACUUCAUGUAACUAACUGUUAAGCAUUUAAUUCAGAGUCAGUUAUUCAAAUCAGUGCUACAACAGAAGCUGUGUGCACACAGCCAGAGGUUGAACUGUCCCUCAGGGAAAUGAAGUGAUAAACAUACUGUCAUGUCGUGAAUUUGUAGCUUUUUAUUCCCUUAAUCUUCGGUGCCACUGCAUACUUCUUUAUGUACACAUGUGUUUUUUUAAAGCGUGUUUCAGAUUGUUAAAGGCUGUAUUGUGUGGAGUGGGUGAGACGUGAAACCAGUCCUACAGGGCUGUUGAGUGGUGUGUCUCAUUGUCUUUCCAGUUUCACUGCCUCCAGAUUCACCCGGUGACUCAAGAGGAAACGUCGAUGGCUCUCAAUAGUUUUUACAUUUUAGAACCUGAUCAUUACUUUUGAUUAAAAAAAUAUUUAUAUGUAAAAAGCAUGUCAUUGAUGUUUUAUUGCCUGUGAAUUAAUGCACUCAUUUUGGCGAGUUUUCUUUUAAAAGUGCCCGUUUUUACGCAGUUGGAGAGCUUUUACGCGCAAGAGAAACGGCUUUGUUUACCUGGAUGUCAGUUUAGUUUUUAGAAAAACUGCGAUGUUUUAAUCUGAAGAGGUGAACUCAAGGGGGAAUCUUUUGGGGACAUGCGCGCGGAGCGUCUUGCGCACCUAUUAUUAUUUUAACCAGGCACGAGAGCACAGACGAGGAGCUGAACCCCGGAGCUGGACCUCUGUGUGGAUUCAUAGACUUUUAGUGUGCGUGGUGUUUCAGGGACAACAUGAGCAAAACCAAGAACAAAACCGACAAUAAGACGGAAAAAGCUUUGGCUGCCGAGAAAGAGCAGUUCAGUAAACAACAGCUCCACAGCAUCAGCAAAACUCUGGUCUCCGGUGAGACACCGCCGAAAGAGAAAUAUGUGCGCAACAUCAUCAUGGGAACACAUAAGGAGGGUGGAGCCUCCACCUUCUGGUCCUACACCCUCAACCUGCCUCUGUCCAGCAACUCCAUGAUCAGCUGGAAGUUCUGCUACCUGCUGCACAAAGUGCUCAGAGGCGGACACAGAAACGCUGUCAGAGAUUCUCACCGAUACUGCAGAAAUGUUAAAGAUAUGGGCAUUCUCUGGGGAAACUUGCAUGAUCGAUACGGCCACAUUGUUGCCUUGUCUGCCAAGUUCCUCUGCCUCAAAAUGGAAUUCCAUGCAAAGCACAAGAUGAUCCCGGGCAACCUGGAGGCCAGCGACGAGACGUUGGAGAGGGAAACGGGAAACGACGUGAACAAAUUGUUAGAUAUGACACAGGAACUGAUGGAUUAUUGGGACGCUGGGCUGAAGAUGGAGGACACAGUUCUGCGUCAGCUGGACGCCAACGGAGCCAAAUCCACGACUCCAGCUGGACGGUGCCGACUGACUCCUCUGAUUCCUCUCAUACUGGACUGCAGCUUCCUCUACCACUUCUCUGUCCUGCUGAUGUUCAAACUUCACAGCCGCAUUGCUCCGGAUGUUCUUCUUGGACAUCGAGAGCGGUUCCGUGAUCUAUUUGUCAGCCUCACUCAGUUCUUCGACCGAGCCAGAGAAAUGGAGUUCUUUAAAAGUGUCAUCCAGAUCCCAGAUCUCCCCGAUGCUCCUCCAAACUUCCUCCGCGCCGCUGCCUUGGGUGAAUAUAAAAAGCCGGUGGUGUUGAUGUCCAACGAGGAGCGUCAUGACGAAGAGGAAGUGGAGACGCAACCAGAGUUCAGAUCAGCGUCACCGAUGCCGCAGUACUAUUCAGUGGAUCAGAGGGGCACAGAGAACGAGAGUCUGAAGAGAGAGCUGGAGGUGCUGAAACCAGAGCUGCAGCUCCUCAAGACUGAGGCUCAGAGGUGUGUCACUGAGUUGAGGGCUCAGGUGAACCGCCUGGAGGCCGAGGUGGAGGAGCAGCGCACCCACAAGCAGAUGGCCAUGCUGGAAAAGGAGCACAUGCGGAUGGAGGUGGAGGCUUUGAGGAGCGCCAACGUCUCCAACGUCGGGGCUCAUAUCGGGUUCAAGGAGGCAGACACCAGAGCUCAGGCAGCGGAGCUUCGCUUCACUCAACUCAAAGAGAGACACGCAGAGCUGAUCACCAGCCACGCCGACCUCAUGAAGAAGAACGCAGAAACAGUGAAGCUGCUCUCGGGUGCAAAACACGGUCAAGACGAUUGGCUGAGAAACAAACAGCAGCUGGAAAAUGAGCUGGAAAAUCUCCGACAGCAGAACAGAAACACGAUGAAUCAGCAGCAGCAGGAGGUUCAGCGCCUGAACAAAGAGCUGCUGGAGCAAAGAGCACAGCUGGCUCACGUCCGCGGCACUCUGGACAAUAAAGUGAUGGAGGGAUCUCAGGCGAGCAGCAGCCUGGCGGCCCUGCAGGCGGAGCGCGAUGCGAUGCUGCACUCGGCCAGAGAGAGAGACGCGGAGCUGUCCUCGCUGAGGCAGCAGGCCCAGCAGCAGCAGGGCUCCAUGGACCAGGACAGAGACCGGCUCCUCCGAGAUCUGGAGGCCCUGAGAGCUCAGCUACAGCAGCAGCUUGCCAUCAACGCAGAGCAGAAGUUGGAGAUCGACAGGCUGAGACGAGAGCUGGACUCGACGCGGGCAGAGUUGAACCGCGCAAACAACGCCCUGCAGAGCAAAGAAAUGAGCGGCACCCAGCUCAGCAGCUCUCUCGCGGGGCUGCAGGCGGAGAGGGAGGUGCUGCUGCGCUCCAUGAGGGACCAGGAGGCCGAGCUGAACUCCCUCAGGCAGCAAGCUCAGCUCCACCAGAGCUCCCUGGAGCAGGAGAGGCAGAGGAGCAGCAUGGAGCUGGGAAGCCUCCACGCUCAGCUGCAGCAACAGGCCUGCCGUGAAGGAGAGCUUUCCAAGAAGCUGCAGGAGGAGCAGUUCUGCCUGCUGCAGUGUGCUGUGGUGGAGGCCGAGGGCAUCAUACUGGACGCUGUGGCCAAACUGGACGACCCCGUACACGUCGGCUGCAUCAGCUCACCUGAGUAUUUGGUGAAUCGAGCUGAAAUCACUCUGAGUUCCAUCGACAAAAUGCAGCAGAGCCACGUGGUCUAUCUGGGAAACACGAACGAUGCCAGCGGUUUGUUGAGGGCCGUCACUCAGUUCUCUCAUCUCGCUGCCGACACGAUCGUGAACGGAUCGGCAACAUCUCACUCUGCUCCCACCGACCAGGCCGACCGUUUGACCGACAGCUGUCGGGAUUGUGCGAAUCACUGCCUCCAGUACUUGAAGGAUCUGAAGCUUCAGGCCACUUUACAGAGAGCAGAUCCCUCCGCCGUGCGCUACACCGUCCAGCGCAUCCUCGCUCUGGGACAGGAUCUGCGUCCAAAAGGACAGGAUGUUCUGAAAGAGGAGCUGGGAGCCAUGGUGGACAAAGAGAUGAUCGCUACGUCGACGGCCAUCGAAGAGGCGGUGCUGCGAAUGGACGAGAUUCUAAAUCAGGCAAGGAGAGAAACUACUGGCGUGAAGCUGGAGGUGAACCAGAGCAUCCUGGGAUCCUGUUCAGACCUGAUGAAGGCCGUUCACAUGCUGGUGACGGCGUCGACUGACCUGCAGAAAGACAUCGUGGAAGGAGGCAGGGGAGCAGCGUCCGUCACAGAAUUUUAUGCCAAAAACUCUCGCUGGACAGAAGGCCUCAUCUCUGCCUCUAAAGCUGUGGGCUGGGGCGCCACUCAGCUGCUAGACUCGGCCGACCGCGUCGUGGGUGAAAAGGGAACGUACGAGGAGCUCAUCGCCUGUUCUCACGAGAUCGCAGCGAGCACGGCUCAACUAGUCGCUGCCUCGAAGGUGAAGUCCGACCGCGGCAACAAGAAGCUGCACACGCUGAAGCAGGCCUCGCGUCACGUCAACGACAUGGCGGCCGUGGUCGUCACCUCCACCAAAUACGGGCAGCUGCAGAUCUCUGACCAAGGUGCGAUGGACUUCUCCGGCUUGUCUCUGAUCAAACUGAAAACAGAGGAGAUGGAAGCUCAGGUGAAGGUGCUGCAGCUGGAGAGCCAGCUGGAGCGGGAGCGAGUCCGUCUGGGGGAGCUGAGGAAGAGGCACUACGAGCUCGACGCCUCCGGUGUUGCAGCCGACGACGCAACCGCAACCGCCGCUGCUGACGGCGGAGACGACAGCUUCCCUCCGCCACCGCCGCCCACCCUGCUGGACUCCUCACAGUCCUUCUCACCGACGCAGCCGUACCUGAACACCCAGAGCUUUGCAUCGACCAAUCCCUUCGCACCGGCUCAGACACAGCCUCAGUCCUUCACACCGACCAACACCGUCACACCGACCAACGCCUACACCCCGUCUCAGACCUACACCCCUACCCAGACUUCCAUCCCAUCACAGACCUACACCCCUACCCAGACUUCCAUCCCAUCACAGACCUACACCCCUACCCAGACUUCCACACCUUCUCAAACCUACACCCCUACCCAGAUCUCCAUCCCUUCACAGACCUACACCCCGUCUCAAACCUACACCCCUACCCAGACUUCCACCCUGGCUCAGACCUACACACCAUCUCAGUCCUACACACCAAACCCGACCCAAACUUACUUAACACCUCAGACUUCCUCGCCCAGCCUCUCUCGGCCUCAGUCACCGUCUCUGCCCCAGACGAAGACGCCGCCAAUGCAGAACAACGCCGAGACCAUCAAACCGGCCUCGAGGAGAUCCAACAUCUUCACCAAAUCUGGAAACCUACUGAAGAAUGCGUUCAAACGCGGUGAAACUGGAACUGGGGAAUCUUGAAGCCGGACUGAAGAAGAAUCUGACAUUUUACUUAAAAAUCUCUGGAAAUAUAAAUAUACUCAUAAAACUUAAAAUCACUGAUUUUAAUCUGGCCUUAUUUCUGGCUCUGUACAUAUAAAAGAUUAUAGGAGCUGAAGAGAAACUUUUAUAGUUAAAUGUCCAAAAUUAUUUUUGUAAUCAUGCUGAAGCUUAUAUUAUGUUACUGAUUGUUGUCGUAUACCGAGUUGAUUUAUUAAAAAUCAUAAAAUAA